GAUAGAUGAGAAAGGGAUGAGCAGCGGUGGGAUAAGAAAGUGUGUUCGAGUGUCCAAAAAGGAAAUAAAUAAAUAAUAUUAAUCAUAAAGUAAAAGAAAAAGCAAAAUAAUUGAGAGAGAUAAAAUCGGGUCUCACAGUUCCAUUCCUUGAGCUUCGCUUCAUUUCAUCUCCAUCGUCAUCUUCAUCUUCCUCUUCCUCUUCCUCUUCUUCUUUCCCUUCCUCUCCCUCUAGGUUUCAUUCUCCAAGCCUUCUAACUCUUCCUGCUUCUCAACUUUCUCCAAACCGGAUCUUCCUCACUCAGGUAAAGAUGCAAGGUGCUGUGCGAUCAUUUCUAUCACAUGGAAACGUUGUGAAAACUGCUGUUCUGCAACAAAUUCGUGUAGCAAACCCCCAUAUGAGGCCUGCAAUGCUCUCACGUUUUUCAACAUCAGCUAGUUCUGCAAACAUUGAAGAGCAUGGCUUUGAAAGCACUACCAUUGAUGACAUCUUGAAAGCUAAAGGCAAAAGUGCCGAUGGAUCUUGGCUUUGGUGCACCACGGAGGACUCUGUUUAUGAUGCUGUUCAGUCGAUGACUCAGCAUAAUGUUGGAGCCUUGGUGGUGGUUAAACCUGCGGAGCAAAAUUCAAUAGCUGGUAUUAUAACGGAGAGAGAUUAUCUGAGAAAGAUUAUAGUGCAAGGCAGAUCUUCGAAGUCUACCAAAGUUGGGGAUAUUAUGACUGAGGAGAACAAACUUAUCACUGUGACACCUGACACCAAGGUUUUGCUAGCUAUGCAACUUAUGACUGACAACAGAAUUAGGCACAUACCUGUCAUUGAUGAGAAGGGCAUGAAAGGCAUGGUGUCAAUCGGGGAUGUUGUUCGGGCUGUGGUGAGCGAGCACAGGGAGGAGCUAGAUCGCCUGAAUGCUUACAUUCAGGGAGGUUAUUAAGUUUGGUGCUGUGGACCUUGGUUGCUUGGUGUAUGAUUUUCCGAUAAACCAGAACACUUCAGCUCUUGUACAUAUGAUGAUGAUGAUGAUGAUAGGCUUGGUAUGCGCAUUCUCUUAUUAAUAUGGUUGUGCUUCAUAUUAAUAUGGCUGUGCUUCAUUUCAUGUUGUUUCUAAGUACAAUAAUGAACCCAUGUUGUAAUAAUAGACUCACAACAACUUUGCUUUGCAAAAUUUCACCCUAAUUUGCAUCAUCAUUGAUGGAGAUGACUUGACAUAAAUCUCCCCCAAGUUUGCAAUUUACCAAAUAUGAAGCAGUGUAUUUCUGUUCAAAAUGAGUUUGUGGAAUCUCUUUGGAUUUAACUUCAA